UUGUCAUUCCUUGGAAUCGGGAACAAGAUCAGGAGAUUGGAAACAAGAACGCAGCUUCAUGCAUCGAGACAGGUCGAUCAGCCGGCUAACGCGAACACCGACGGCCGCCACGAGGAGACCGCCCUUAGACCUGAACGGCUCUGCUCACAGCAUGACACCACUGCCGCGCAGUGCGAGUCUGUCCCCUUCCUUCCAGGACUGGAAGCAAGAGAAGCUGGCCAAGGCCCUCCUUGAACUCGAGGCAGGCAGCCGUUCACACGCCUCGUCAAUCGCCGACCCAACGGAACCUUCAUUGGCAGCAGGGACCCCGCCAACGUUCGAACGCGAGCCCAUCCUUGGCGUGCCCAUCCAGGCUUCGGCAGCGUCCAACCAGCUGGCCAUCCGAAUAGCGAGCGUAGUGGUCGCCCUGCUGCUCCUUCUCGUGGUGCUCGUCUACUUCAACCUGAGCGCCAUACACCGGCGCUGAGCCAUUGCAGACAUCUGUGUGGGCCACGUGCAGAUACGUGG